CUUGAACUUGAACUACCAAGUAAUUACAAAAAUGUCACAAGAAGCUGUUGCAGAUAUCGGUUUGAUCGGUUUGGCCGUUAUGGGUCAAAACCUCAUCCUUAACAUGGCUGAUAAGGGCUUCCAAGUCUCCGCCUACAACCGUACCACCUCAAAGGUUGACGAUUUCUUAGCAAACGAGGCUAAGGGUAAGCCAAUCGUUGGUGCACACUCCAUUGAAGAAUUCUGCAAGCAACUCAAGAGACCACGUAAGAUCAUUCUUCUCGUCAAGGCUGGUCCAGCUGUCGACUCCUUCAUUGACCAACUCAAGCCAUACCUCGAAAAGGGCGAUAUCGUCAUUGACGCAGGUAACUCACACUACCCAGACUCUAUCCGCCGUACCCAAGAACUCGAAAAGGACGGUCUCCUCUUCGUCGGCUCCGGUGUCUCCGGUGGUGAAGAAGGUGCCCGUUGGGGUCCAUCAAUCAUGCCAGGUGGUAACCCAGAGGCAUGGCCACACAUCAAGGAAAUCCUCCAAAAGACCUCAGCUCAAGUCAACGGUAACGAACCAUGUUGUGACUGGGUUGGUGACCAAGGUGCUGGUCACUACGUCAAGAUGGUACACAACGGUAUCGAAUACGGUGACAUGCAAGUCCUCGGUGAAGCCUUCGACAUUCUCCUUCGUGGUGUUGGCCUCAGCCAUGACGAAGUUGCUGGUGCCUUCAAGAAGUGGAACUCCGGUGUUCUUGACUCAUUCUUGACUGACAUCACCGCUCAAAUUCUCGAACACAAGACUGACGGUGAAGCCACCGUCGACUCUAUCCUCGACUCUGCUGGUCAAAAGGGUACCGGUAAGUGGACUGGUGUCAACGCUCUUGACCUCGGUACCCCAGUCACCCUCAUUGCUGAAGCCGUCUUUGCUCGUUGUGUCUCAUCUUUGAAGAGCGAACGUCAAACCGCCGCUCAAAAGCUCAAGGGUCCAGCCAAGGAGUCAUUCUCAGGUGACAAGGCUGCCUUCAUCAACGACCUCGAACAAGCACUCUACGGUGCCAAGAUCAUCUCAUACGCUCAAGGUUUCCUCCUCUUCCGUGAAGCUGCUAAGGAAUACGGCUGGAAGCUCAACAACGCUGGUAUCGCAAAGAUGUGGCGUGGUGGUUGUAUCAUCAAGUCUGUCUUCCUUGGUGAUAUCACAAAGGCAUACGAACGUAACCCAGAACUCGAAUCACUCUUGUUCGAUGACUUCUUCGUAAAGGCACUCGAAAACGCUCAAGCUGGAUGGAGACGUGUUGUCGCUCAAGCCACCCUCUGGGGUAUCCCAGUCCCAGCCCUCUCAUCAUCCCUCUCCUUCCUUGACUCAUACAGAUCAGCUGACCUUCCAUCCGCCUCCCUCAUCCAAGCUCAACGUGACUUCUUCGGUGCUCACACUUUCCAAGUUAAGGACUCAGCCAAGUCAGACAAGUUCGUCAAGGGUCAACCAAACCACUUGAACUGGACUGGUAGAGGUGGUCGUGUUGCAUCAUCCGCUUACGCUGCUUAAA